CUGUAGCCCCUCACCUGUUUAACAAUAUAUCUGUUCGCAUCAACCCCCUUCCAUUUGAUUCCCCUUCUAUCAAACAGCCAUUUCCCGUGCCAAUUAACCAUUGUACACUUGAACAAACUCGGCACGGCAUGGCGGGACGCGCAUUCAUGCAGGCUGAAACACCAUCCAAUAUGGCAUCAACUACCAACUCUCUCGUGCUCGAGCUGGCUACCGCGGAAGAUGUCCCAGCCAUCAUUGAUGUCUGGUUUGCGGCCUUCACGCAACCGACAAUGAGGAAGCUACUCCCCGACACUCCCGGCAUGCGCGAGUGGCACCGUGACUGGCAUCUGGGAAACUUCCAGACUAGGCCCGAUACCAAAUACCUACGGAUAGUCGACCCCGAAUCGAAGGAUGAGCAAGGCCGGCCGCGAAUCGUUGCCUUUGGCAUCUGGGACCUGGCUAUGCCUGAAGAGCGUGGCCGUCGCUUCCCGCCGUGGCAUCCGGACUGUCCUCAGGAGGAAUGUGAGGCGUUUGUUUCGGGGCUAGAAAGUGAGAGGAAGCGUGUCAUGGGCGACGAGAAGAACUACUACCUGGAUACCGUAGGCACCCAUCCCGAUUAUCAAAAGCGUGGAGCUGGCGCGAUGCUCGUCAAAUGGGGCUGCGACUUGGCUGACGAAAACGACGUAGCUGCCUACGUGGACGCCAGCAAGGCGGGUGCACCCCUAUACAAGAAACACGGCUUCGUGGAUUUCAGUCCAGCCGGCUCAUAUGUAGCCUCGAUGGCUCGCGGUAAGAAAUCUGCCUGAGCGAUGUAUAUCCAUUUUUCUAUAGGGCAUGGAAGGUAGCGAGCGAACAUACUUAAAAUAUAAUCUGUUGCCCUG